UUCAUGGUGUGCGUUCACUUUAAGCGAACGCGAGUAAUUGAAAUUUCAAUCCGCCAACGAACGGUUCGUGCGCGCUGCUCCGCUGCGAGUUUCUUGUACCUCCGUGCCUCCGCAAAGCGAAACACACAAAAAAAAAGAAUAAAGCCUGGCCAAAAUCUGCGAGCCGUUUUUUCGCAUAAAACCCUUUUUGAAACGAGCAAGCGGAGGAAGAAGAAGAAGAGAAGCUGAGACGGAGUUCUUCGGAGAGAACGGUACUUAACUGGCGAAAUACCGAAAAUAACAAAAACAAAAACAUAACCAGCAGCAACAGCAUCACACAUACAUACACACGCGGGAAUUUUUUCGGGCCUCUCUUUGCGCGCGUGUGUCUGUGUGUUGCAGUUGCAUAGUUUUUGCUUCUUUACUUCUUUUAAUUCAUUAGUGUGAUUUUUUGUUUUUGCUGUUUUUGGGUUGUACUGGAAUCUGGUCUCCUUCUCCCUCCCUGUCGCUCUCCCGCGCGCAACGUAUUCCGCUGCAUUAUAUCGAAGCGUGUGUUUUUAUCACUAAACUACAAUUUUUUUUGGUUCUGUGCAGUUGAGAUUCGACCCUCAAAGAAAUAACAAGUUACCAUUAAAAAAAAUAAAAGCCAAUCAAACGAAGGAUUAAAUACAGCCAAAAAUCGAAAGAAGAUUCGAUCUUCAAACACACUACACACACACAAACACCACAAUCCCCCCCCACACACACACAAAAUGUUCACCGAAAAGGGAAUUUUUCCCAUUGGCGACGGACUUUUGGAUGUGGACGCCGAUCGGCUGAAGGGACUCCUCGUCUCAUGUCCCGACAUCAACGAGAUCUACGAAGUGGAACAGACGCCGUUUGCCAGGGGCAAAUUCGCCGCCGUUCGACGCGCCAUUCACAAGAACACGGGCUCGCACUUUGCGGCAAAGUUCCUGAAGCGGAGGCGCCGGGCGCAGAGUAGCGACAAGGAGAUCAAGCACGAGAUCGCGGUGCUGAUGCUCUGCGAGGGCGAGGACAACAUCGUCAACCUCAAUGCCGUUCACGAGACGCGCUCGGACACAGCACUCCUCCUCGAGCUAGCCACUGGUGGCGAGCUGCAGACGAUCCUGGACAACGAGGAGUGCCUGACGGAGGCGCAGGCCCGCCACUGCAUGCGCGAGGUGCUCAAGGCGCUGAAGUUCCUGCACGAUCGCUCCAUUGCCCAUUUGGACCUCAAGCCGCAGAACAUCCUGCUCGCCGGCGAGCGCAUAGAAGAUGGAUUGAAGCUGUGCGACUUUGGGAUCUCGCGGGUGGUGUGCGAGGGCAUCAAUGUGCGGGAAAUGGCCGGAACACCAGACUACGUGGCCCCCGAGGUGCUGCAAUACGAGCCGCUGUCCCUGCUGACGGACAUCUGGUCGGUGGGCGUGCUCACCUACGUGCUGCUAUCCGGAUUCUCGCCCUUUGGCGGCGACACCAAACAGGAGACCUUCCUCAACAUCUCGCAGUGCGCCCUCACCUUUCCGGACAACCUCUUCGGCGGCGUCUCGCCGGUGGCCAUCGACUUCAUCCGUCGCGCAUUGCGAAUUAAGCCAAACGAUCGCAUGAAUGCCACUGGCUGCUUGGAUCACAUUUGGUUGAAGGACGACUGCUCGCUGGACAGACAGAUUUAUCUGCAGCCCCAGAGCGAUGCCGAAGAGGAGGAAGAGGAGGAUGUCGACGACGAUGUGGAGGACGAGGAAGAGGAGGAGCAGGUGGAGGAGGAGGAGGAGGAGACACAGAACGUGGAGGAGCCAACGACAGAAGCGCCACAACAACAGCAACAACCUGUCCAGCAGCAUCAGCUAGCCAAAUCCGGCCAAAUUCACAGCAAACCGACGCACAAUGGCCACCAUCGGGCAAACAGUGGCGGCAGCAUCUCCAAGAUACCCAUUGCGACAAGCAAACUGCAGAGCACUCCCAGCUCCGAGACCACCACGGCCAUCCACACGCUGACCAGCAACAGCAAUGGACACGUCCACAAGCCCACUCAGAUUGUGACGCCAACGCGAAGAGCCUCGGAUUCGGACAAGGAGAACACGUAUACGGCCACGUUUGUAAAGAAGCCAGUCGCCACCAUCCAGCUGGGCAGCUCCAAUGGCAUCGAGGAUGCCACGGUUGUGGCCACACUCACUCUGUUUCCCGACGCACCCACCACACCAAAGGUGAUUCGCAAGACGCCGACGGGUGAGUCGAAUGGCUCGGCAACGUCUGUCAAGGCUCUGGUGAAGAAAUUUCAACUGGAGGACUCGAGCGGUUCGGCGGUGGCACGACGCAGUGGAGGAGCGGUGACCAGCAGCAGUGGACUGCAUUCGCCAACGACGACAUCGGUCAGGUUGAAUAGCAUUCGUCGCGCCUCGGAGCCGCUGACCACGGUCUACAAGAAGCAGACGUCACAGAAUGGAUGCAGCAGCACUUCGAAUCCGAGCUCAAGUCCCGGCAGCAGUCCCACCACAUCCGGCAGCACCGCCACUCUGCUGAUCCACAGUCAGCGUUUGGGCAACAGCACAGCGCCGGCGAGCCACUGCGUCGCCGUUCCAGCAACAGCCACAGCCACCUCCUCCGCCAGCAGCAGCAACAGCAGCUCAGGGAAGUCAACAAGUGCCGCCCACCAUUUGCACCAUCAUCAUAUGCACCACCAUCAUCAUCACCACCACCAUCAUGUGGUGAUUGCGGCAAAGAAUGCCGCUGCCGUGGCCGCCACCAACAACUUGAGCCUGGAUCAGGGUAUCAUCUGUUAGCUAAGGGCCAGCCGGGCCAGCCGCAAUGCCAAAAGUUUCUUUCAUCGCUUUCUGUGCUGCAUGUAACCACCAGCUGCCAUGGCUACCACUACGACCACUAAUACGACACCACCUCCUCCCCCGACCAGCGCCCACUGGCAGAAGGCGAAGAGGAGUGGCUGCGAAUCACCUAGCUGCAGGAUCACUAGGUGGCAAAGUGGCGAUUUGAGGAGCUAUGGCUACGGCAAAGGAUCAGCGUUGGGAAGCCGGUGGAGUUGGAACGGAAUAGGAAACGGGAACGGGAACUUAAACUUGAACUGGAAUUGGAAGUGGAGCUGGAAUUGGUGCUGCAGCGGGAGAUGGAAGUGGAAGUGGAAGUGGAGAGGGGAUCAUCCGCCAGACUGGCACGAAGACGAUGAUGCAUUGAUUUUGAUUUGAGCUUAGUUUAGAUAAUUUUUUUACGGCCUUAGCAUCUGAAAGGAGUGCCACACUAUAUCACGGUUGCCACAUGAGAACAUCUUCUUAUUCAACGGAAAAUUGAAAGUUUUCAUAUUCAUACCAAACUUUACAGUUUUAUAAGUUAAAGAAAUGUAUGUUUUUUUUUUUAAUAUUUGUUAAAACGAAUGUUGUGUUAGACUACACUAUUGGACCUUUUCGAUGGCAACCGUGCGUUGGCGACCCCCAACAUACCCCCCACUCACACACACACAUACACACCCACACACACUAGAAAAACGAAAAACAACUUAGCUAAAGUCACGAGAAAAAAAAUUAAGCUAAACGAAAGGAGAUGAAUGAAAAAGAUUAAGGAAUCGAGGAGAGCGUUAGGUGUAUUAGAGUAGAGUAAGCUGAUUUCAACGGAAUUUUUGGUAGACAUAUCAUCCAUGUUUGUUACGCGUUUUGAGGAAAACACUAGAAGCUGCUGAAGGGAGGGGAUAGUGUUCAUUGUUUCAACGAAUAUAUAAAUGUCAAUUUUUGGCCCACAAGGCAUGCAAGUAAGCCCUUUGGCCUAGCAUAAAUUAUACAACUAAAUACAUUAUCUAUAUAUACACAUAUGCAUACACAUAUACACUAUACAUAGCAUAUAUAUGUACCAAAAAGUGAAGUGAAACGACAUUUGAGAGCCAGCCCGCCAUUGGUUAUGUAGUGUGUUUGUUAAUCGGCCAAUCAGUGAGUGCAUCAAUCAGAUGAUAAUCAAUCAUAUAGCAUAGCAUACAGUGUUAUUCGCCUAGGGGGAAUCAGAAUUUAGAGAAUGUUACCAGCCAAGCAAAAUUGUUAAUCGUGUGUCUCGGUGUGUGUUCAAUCGUUCAAUCGUUCAAAUCGUUGCAUAAAUGUUGCCUAGAAUACAUUACAUUACUUGAAGGAAGGCAGGAAGCCGCAUGGAUCAUAUUGGAGGACAUCUAGAGGGACAUAACUAAUUGCUUAGCCCACAUAGGCGACCCAUCGACCAUCUAUCCGAUCCUUAACCCGAUUCCGAUUCCAAUGCCGACCCAAAUCCACAUCCAGUUUCCAGUUCCCAGCUCCCAGCUCCCCCAGUCGUUUGCUCCUCGUUUUAAGUCGGUUUUUGUAUAUAUUUCCAGCCAGCAGAAUGCAAAAUGCAGCCAGCAGCGAAUAUAAUUAAAUGUAAUUCUUUUUUUUUUCGAUAAUCAUAUCUUAAUGCUUGAUAUACGAGUUGUAUUUAUUAGGCGAAACGUUUGUGUGGUCGGCGAUCGAAGGAGGGUCAGUUAAUUGUUAAAGAAAAAUGCUUAAUUUAUCGUAAUCGAUUACCCUUUUCUUUUAUAUUUAAUACUUGCGUGUACUUCUCUUAAUUACUAUGAUUUUUUUUUUUAAUACACCUAAACCACUUAUUUGUGUUUACUGUAUAUGUAAAUUAGUAGUUAAAGGCGAGGGCUUUAUGCCCAUCAACAGAUAAUAAAAACUGCGCCAGAGGGAGCGAGAAGUGUGUUUUAAUUAUUAUUAGUAAUUAGUAAUUUCAAUUGAUUUUUUGUGUUUAGAGAAUCUAUUUCUAUGAGAAGACAAACAAAGAUGCAAAUUCUAUUAUAUAUUAUAUUAUAUAGUAAUUAUUUUAUAGAUAACUAAUUUAAAAUAUAUUCAAUAAAAACCAUAAAAAUU